UUUUUUAAACGUAAAUAGGGAACGUUGGCUUAAGUGUGCUUUAUAAUAUUUUAAUUUAUUUAUUUUGUGCAAAAAAACAAUACUUUUACGUGUAUUUUAUUGUUUACUUGCGUUUUGAUAAUUUUUUAAAAAUUUUCAUUGUAGGCAGAUUGUAAAAAUUGUGUCAGUUGAGCGUGACGUAAUUGUUCGGAGUAGACGUAGAUGUAGCAGGGAGCGAUAGCUUCUAACCUCGGGGUUGGGGGCCCGUCGUGCGAGACGGAAUCGGAAAAUCGAUGGCCCUUUCUUUUUAAUGGCUGUGAGGCCAUUCAACGGGUCUCCUCUUCUGCUCUUGUUCCUCGGCUUCUCCAUUCCAACAAACUGUUCAAAAUAAGUAACACAAGAUAACACAACCAAGACAUGAAGAUUUGGACGUCAGAGCACACUUUCAACCAUCCUUGGGAAACUGUUGCACAAGCAGCAUGGAGAAAAUAUCCAAAUCCGAUGAAUCCAGCAGUAAUAGGAACCGAUGUAGUUGACAGACAGGUAGUGAAUGGAGUACUUCAUACACACAGAUUGGUCAGCUCCAAAUGGGGACUGCCAAAAUGGGUCCAAACGCUAAUUGGUCCAGCUAACAUUUGCUAUGCUAGUGAGCUUUCUGAAGUAAAUCCACAAGCAAAAAUCAUGACAUUAAAAACUCGAAAUCUCACAUUUGGCAAAUAUGUUGCUGUAGAUGAAAUGUUGAAGUAUGAACCUCACCCAAAUGAUAAAGGAAAAACAUUGCUCAGACAGGAAGCGAUUGUCACAGUACAAGGUGUACCUCUUAACAAUUACAUGGAAGAUCUCCUUACUUCUACAAUAAUGUCUAAUGCUGGAAAAGGAAGGCAAGCGAUUGAAUGGGUUAUAGACAAAAUAAACACAGAGGUCAUCGAAAUCAGGAACAACGCUGUCAAAAGUACAGAUGAAAUUAUAACUCAUACUAAGAAAUCUUUGGAUGGGAUAACAUCGACUGCCAGAAAAUCUAUGGAUGAAUUGUCAAAUGCUGCAAAAAAGUCUUUUGACGAUUUCAACCACCUAAGGAGUAAAUCAAUUCCAACAAGUAAAGACGUACCAGAAAUAUAGCCUUAAAUUAAUCUUGAAAAAAAAAAACGGAGAAAAAGUAUUACCAAAUAUCUCAAAAUGCGUACAUUAUGCAUUAAAAUGAAAAAUAUAUUUUAAAAUAAUUCUGCCAAUAUCGGUGGCAUGAUUAAAUAGUAAAUAUUGUGAUAGUAAUUGAUAUCUUCAUUUUUAUUUUGAUGACUUUUCACCUAAUUUAUUGUAAAAUAUUGAAUGUACAUAACAAAUUUAUAUUUGCUGUUCUAGAAUUCUAGAUUUUGUUGUCUUAUUUUUAUUGUUGUAAAAAUAAUAUUUAUUUACUUCAAAGUCACUAAAAGUGUAAAUGUGUACAUAUAUAAAUUCAAAAUGGACAAAUUAUAGGUGCAAGUCAGUUAAUUACAUUCCUUUUGAAUUUGAUUAAAAUGAUUUGUAUGGAUGUAGUAGGUUCCAUGAACUAAGUCAAUUUUCCUUAUUUAUAUUACAUAAAAGUGUAAAAUUUACUUUACAGCACUAAAUAUGUGUGCGUAUUGUACCGAAUGUAUAAUUUUUAUUACUUGAAGCAAAAUUGAUGUAUUUAAGGUUUAAAAAUGCACUGUGUGGUACAGGAUGUUUAAACGCAUUGACUCGAAUCAAUUAAAAUUUUGUAAACAGAAGUGAAAUUAAAAGAAAAAAGAGGCAUCUUUACUGUUUUGAGCAAAAACAAA